CCGCCGCAGCGAUGAAUUCUGCCGAGCAGACCGUUACGUGGCUCAUCACCCUGGGCGUGCUGGAGUCGCCUAAGAAAACCAUUUCGGACCCCGAGGUCUUCUUGCAGGCGUCGCUCAAGGACGGGGUGGUCCUGUGCCGGCUGCUGGAGCGUCUGCUGCCCGGGACCAUCGAGAAAGUCUACCCGGAGCCGCGGAACGAGAGCGAGUGCCUGAGCAACAUCCGCGAGUUCCUGCGCGCCUGCGGGGCGUCCCUGCGCCUGGAGACUUUUGAUGCAAAUGAUUUAUAUCAGGGGCAGAACUUUAACAAGGUCCUCAGCUCCUUGGUGACACUGAAUAAAGUGACAGCAGACAUCGGACUUGGAAGUGACUCUGUGUGUGCGCGGCCCUCUUCACAUCGGAUAAAGUCUUUUGAUUCUCUGGGAUCCCAGUCUUCACACAGUAGGACUUCAAAAUUGCUUCAGAGCCAGUACCGAAGCUUGGACAUGACUGAUAACAGCAACAGCCAGCUGGUAGUACGAGCCAAGUUUAAUUUCCAGCAGACCAACGAAGAUGAGCUCUCCUUCACGAAGGGCGACGUCAUCCACGUCACGCGAGUGGAGGAAGGAGGCUGGUGGGAGGGCACGCACAGCGGCAGGACUGGCUGGUUUCCCAGCAACUACGUGCGCGAGGUCAAGCCCAGUGAGAAGCCCGUGUCACCCAAAUCGGGAACCUUGAAGAGCCCCCCCAAAGGGUUCGAUACGACUGCCAUCAACAAGAGCUAUUACAAUGUGGUGCUACAGAAUAUCCUAGAAACAGAGCAUGAAUAUUCUAAGGAGCUGCAGUCUAUGCUUUCGACCUAUCUGCGGCCACUGCAGACCAGCGAGAAGUUGAGUUCAGCAAACACUUCCUAUUUAAUGGGAAAUCUAGAGGAAAUCUCUUCCUUCCAGCAAGUGCUCGUACAGUCCUUAGAAGAAUGUACCAAGUCUCCUGAGGCCCAACAGAGAGUUGGUGGUUGUUUCCUGAGCCUGAUGCCGCAGAUGAGGACCCUGUACCUCACUUACUGUGCCAACCACCCAUCUGCUGUGAGCGUCCUCACAGAACAUAGUGAGGACCUGGGUGAGUUCAUGGAAUCGAAAGGUGCCAGCAGUCCUGGGAUCCUGGUGCUGACCACUGGCCUCAGCAAGCCCUUCAUGCGCCUGGACAAGUACCCAACGCUGCUGAAGGAGCUGGAGAGACACAUGGAGGAUUAUCAUCCUGAUAGACAAGAUAUUCAGAAGUCCAUGACUGCCUUCAAAAACCUUUCAGCCCAGUGUCAAGAAGUACGAAAAAGGAAAGAGCUGGAGCUGCAGAUUCUGACGGAGCCCAUCCGGAGCUGGGAGGGGGAUGACAUAAAGACACUGGGCAGUGUUACGUACAUGUCCCAAGUCACGAUUCAGUGCGCGGGAAGCGAGGAGAAGAAUGAGCGCUACCUCCUGCUCUUCCCAAGCCUUCUGCUCAUGUUGUCUGCCAGUCCCAGGAUGAGUGGUUUCAUCUACCAGGGAAAGCUACCAACGACAGGAAUGACAAUCACAAAACUGGAGGACAGUGAGAACCACAGGAAUGCGUUUGAGAUAUCAGGGAGCAUGAUCGAGCGGAUUCUGGUGUCUUGCAACAACCAGCAGGACCUGCAUGAAUGGGUGGACCACCUACAGAAGCAGACAAAGGUUACGUCUGUCAGCAACCCCACCAUCAAGCCCCACUCGGUGCCAUCACACACACUUCCCUCCCAUCCUAUCACUCCAUCCAGCAAGCACGCGGACAGCAAGCCUGUGGCACUGACGCCUGCGUACCACACACUCCCCCACCCCUCUCACCAUGGCACCCCCCACACCACCAUCAGCUGGGGACCCCUGGAGCCUCCGAAGACCCCCAAGCCUUGGAGCCUGAGCUGCCUGCGGCCUGCACCUCCCCUCCGGCCCUCAGCUGCUCUCUGCUACAAGGAGGAUCUUAGUAAGAGCCCCAAGACCAUGAAAAAGCUGCUGCCAAAGCGCAAGCCCGAGCGGAAGCCUUCGGACGAGGAGUUUGCUGUGCGCAAGAGCACAGCUGCUCUGGAAGAAGAUGCGCAGAUCCUGAAGGUCAUCGAGGCUUACUGCACCAGUGCAAAGACAAGGCAGACACUGAACUCAACAUGGCAAGGCACUGACCUGAUGCAUAAUCACGUCUUGGCUGAUGACGACCAAUCAAGUCUAGAGUCCUUGGGUCGUCGCAGUAGCCUUUCUCGUUUGGAGCCCUCAGACCUCUCGGAAGACUCUGAGUAUGACAGUAUAUGGACAGCCCAUAGUUACAGAAUGGGUUCUGCAUCCCGUUCACGUAAGGAGUCUGCUCCACAAGUGCUGCUUCCAGAAGAAGAAAAAAUUAUAGUUGAAGAAACCAGAAGCAAUGGGCAGACCGUGAUAGAGGAAAAGAGCCUCGUGGACACAGUGUACGCAUUAAAGGAUGAAGUCCAAGAGUUAAGACAGGAUAACAAGAAGAUGAAGAAGUCCUUAGAGGAGGAACAGAGGGCCCGCAAGGACCUGGAGAAGCUGGUGAGGAAGGUUCUAAAGAACAUGAAUGACCCUGCUUGGGAUGAGACCAAUCUAUAGGCCGAAGACCAGCUCCCAGUCAAGGCCCAAGCACAGUGACAUUCAGGACUAAGGCAGGUGGUCUUCAUCAGGCUGGUGCUGACGAAGCUACAUGUGAGUUACAGACACUGAGGCCUGGGCUGAGCAUGUCUGCCGACUUCUCCAUGCAGUGACUGACCAGAGGCCUCUGGCUUUUGGACUUAACUGAAUCUAUAAAUAGCAUAUCUGUGUACUUGUAAA